AUGGCAUAUUUUCUUCAGCAAGCGCGACGCGUGGCCUGGAGCUCCCUGGGCGAGCUCGACAGACCCUCACCCUCGGUCAAGCGACUUUCGCGCUCAGUAUCUCGCCUUGCAUUGAUCGAGGCCCUCGAACAAGACGGCUGCGUCAUUAUCAAAGAUUUUACCAACCAGGCCACCGUAGACAAGGCCAAUGACGAGGUGAGGCCCUGGCUGGACCAACAGGACACUGGCGUCACCGUUGGCGCGUUGCAAGGAAAGACCAGAACCGUGACCCGUCUGAUCGCCAAAAGUGCCACCGUCCGAGAGCAAUGGUAUGCGGAUACACUAUACCAGGACCUCUGCGAACAUUUCCUGGCUCUGGAAACCACACAUUGGUACGGAGCCCGACCUGUGACCACAACCAGUCAUCCACUGCUGUCCAUUGCCAUCUCUUUUGACAUUCCCCCGGGCACCGAAGCCCAGGGCUUACAUCGCGACGAUAAGAAUCAUCACGCCCGUCAUCACCCUGCUGAUGAAUACACCAAAGGCCGAGAUGUCCUACUCGGUCUCUUUGUCCCUGGCGUCGAUACUACAGUGGCCAAUGGCGCUACCAGAGUCGUGCCCGGUAGUCACCUGUGGGGGGAUGACCAGCCUGACUUUGGCUGCGAUGGGGACAAAGGGGUAGUAGACGUGGAACUCCAAGUCGGUGAGGCGUUGAUCUUCCUGGGCAGCUUGUACCACGGCGGUGGCGCUUACAAGAAACCAUUGGGCACUGCAAAGGAAGGAACUCGUGAAAGCAGGACAGUGUACGCCAUGUUCUCAUGCACCGGAGUCUCCCGUCAGGAAGAAAUUUCAUUCUUGUCAUACCCCGUCGAAGAAGUCCGCACCUAUUCACCUCUGGUACAGGAUCGGCUGGGGUGGAAACAAAGUGAGCCCAACUUGGGUUGGGUCGAUCUCAAAAGCCCAGAGUUCUUGCUCAAAAGUGGCUGAGUCUCCCAAGCUCGCGGUCAAGCGACAGGACAGCAAGUGACUAGAGCUUCUGCCAUCUCAGACAAAACUUGGUGCCAGCACGGUGCAGCUGAAUGCCACAGUACCACCGCCAGACCCUUCACGCUUGACAUAUUGCAACGGUCCCAGGUCGAGAGCAUUCUUGCUCAAGACAUCUUCUUCCUCUUGGAGUACACCCAAAUCGACUGGUCCACCCCUCCCUCCAUCCAAUUCAUAGAGAUGUCCGUCCUUGCCCUUGACAUACGCAAUGAAGGCGUUACCAGGGUCUCCACCCAGUUCUGGAGCAACAGUAUCUCCAGCCUGCGAAGCUGCAGCAUGGGCCUUCUCCAGCACCUCCGAAUCAUGAAUGAACUCGCCACGAUCUUUGGGUUUCAAGGAAAUGGUUGCCUGGCGGAACUGGUCCAGGGUACUUGCCUUUUCGAUGAAGUCGGCCGCAGGGUCAUUGACAGUGCAGUGGAGGAGCCCCAUGAGCCCACAGGCGUUAUGAACAUACUGAGGAUACCAAAGCACGGGCUCAUCCGGACCGGAACCUUCGUAGACUGCAUCGGUUGCCUUUUGAUGUGCUCGGUGGGGAAUGGAGGUAUCGGUCUCAGGGAAAGUAAAGAGCAGGGCAUGUGCUGGUCGUGGUACGAGGGCAAUGAGAUCUGGAUCGGUCAGGCUGUAGAUGUCGUGAAAAGCAAGGGCUGAUGAGAGACCCAACUCAUGAGCUAGCUUGGUCAUCACUUCAGGGUGAUUCUCUGUCGACAUGUUGUCAGCACUAGAUCAAUGCCCCGCCUACCUAUGAGGGUCUUGG